AUGAAGGAAGUAGUGACAGCGAGAGAUUUAGCGCUAGUGUUAGAUGCCGAAGAAUUCUUGGAGCGCUUGGAAGACUGUAAGGCUUGGUCAGAUUUUUCUGAUCAAGAAAUAUUGCAGGCGCUGCCAAUCAUCCUUCAGAAAACUGCCAGCAGUUGGUUUAGGUCGUUGCGCCGUGAAAUUAAUUCGUGGAAAUCAUUCAAGAGGGCGUUCAAGAAUGAAUAUCUGGUGACGGUAGACGACGAUGACGUGAUUGACGAGUUGAGGGCCAGGACGCAAGGGAAAGGAGAGAAAAUCUCACCAUAUUUGACCAGCUUUAGAUUAAUCUUAGAUCAUAUGAAGCGACCUCUCAGCCAGAAGAAACAAGUCAAGAUCGCCUACAAAGGUUUGACGCCAGCAUACAGACGUCAAUUAGACAGGUUGUAUUUCGAAUCGUUGAGUCAAAUGGAGAAGAUCCUUAGAAAUUAUGAGAAGGCCAGGGACUUGGACGAAAGAUAUACCCCCCCUCCACCUAAAGAGAAGAUGCGUUUUCCUGCAGCAGCCGUGAAGGAAAGCCGAUUCAAUAAAAUAGUGAGAUCAGAAGCAGCGACGUCAGAGGAGGAGUCAGAGUCGAGUGGUAGUGACCACUCUACCAAGGAGAUUAAAGAGACGAACGAGGCCAGAAUAAAAGAGAAGCCAGAAAGUGUAUGUGUAGAUGCCAUGACACUUAUGACAACAGCCCAGAAUUCAGCAGUGCAGAGUCAAGUAGCCAGUUCACCCCCACCACAAAUCUUGCCAGGACCUAUGCAAAUUGCAUUCCCAGCCAUGUAUGCAGGAAAUGUGUCAGGAAGAGCCAAACCAAUUGGUUUGCCAAAUGUAGAACAAAAUGGUUCACAAACGGCAACAAAGCAAUUUAUGGGAGUUUGUUUCCAGUGUCAAUCUAUGGGACAUCGGGCCAGAGAUUGUCCCAGGAGGAUCUGUUUUCAAUGUCAGCAACAGGGACAUUACGCCAAACAAUGCCCCCUGAGGCAAACUCAAGUAGAGUCAUGCCUAGUGUGCAAAACACCCGGAAUAAACUUCUUGAGCUGCCAGAAUUGUGUGGCAAUACGGACAGUCUUGGAGAGCGGUGCCUGGAGGGCAUAG